AUGAAACAAUACAGGAGAACACGGAGAAUCCAUCAGGAUGAAGACAGAGAUCAUCUUAGUGCAGUGGAGCAGGAAGAAAUCCCAAGCAGCACUGAACAUGAGAGGCUGGAAAAGGAAAAAGAGGAGUCAAAGGAGGCGUGUGCAAUUGCCCAGGCGAUUCUCUCCAUAAAAACAAUUGAGACCGAAAUAGACAGAAAAGAGAAGAACCGAAUAGCUGCAAAGAAAAGCAGAGAGAAAAAGCUGCAGUACAUAGAAAGCCUGGAGGCCCACCUAUACCAGGAGAAGAGCAAAAACCAGCACCUGCACCAAAAAAUAGGCGUUCUCUACAACGUUUUGGAAAAGCUGCUGCUGGAAACCGAAGCAGGAAUAGUUGAAAAAAGGCCUGGCACAGCGCAGAUUGCAAACAUUUUUGUGAACUGCGAUCAAUACAUUGCUCUUCCUCCAAGGCACAAAAACAUUAUUGGGAAUCUAAAGUACUUUUUGUUUACCAGUAAAAAUUUGGAUAUAUAA